AUGAGGACCCGAUCCAAGACUGGCAAUACAGACUCCGAUGGCACUGAGAGUCCACGGAAAGUGACGACGGCGACGACGCGAACGAGGUCUACAAAGUCUUCCAAGAGUGCUAUCUCUGGAACCAAAUCGGCUGACAGCACAGGAAUAUCCACAGACCGAAAGCCUAUACUGAUUUCAGCGUCCAGUUCGGUGUUAAGCGAAUCACCCAUCCUCAAAAACCAUAACAAUUCAACGGGCGUGAACUCGCCGACACGUACUAAUAUCAAAUCCAAGGACACCACCACCUCCAGAAUUAAUAAAAAGGUAAUAGAAACAACAUCAGUCAAAGCGGGAGCUAGUCCGACUUCUCGGAAAUGGUAUCUUCGAACUCAUGUGAUAAUAUUGCUAGCGAUCAUAGAGCGGAUCAUUAUCCUGUUCUGGGGCCUGUAUCAAGAUGCUAAUAUGGACUUGAGGUUCACAGAUAUCGACUAUUUUGUUUUUACAGAUGCAUCUCGAUUCAUAUCGCAAGGAGCGUCUCCAUACGAUCGAGCCACUUACAGAUACACACCACUGUUGGCAUGGCUGCUACUGCCUACUGAAUGGUGGUUCUUCUCAUUUGGUAAAGUGUUAUUUGCAGCAGGAGAUAUCGUGGCCGGGUAUCUCAUGCUCCAGAUCUUUAAAAUCCGCAAGAGCCAGGUGCCUCAGGAUAAAUCUGUUUUAUAUGUGGCACUUGUAUGGCUGUUGAACCCUAUGGUCUGUACCAUCAGUACAAGAGGCUCGUCAGAGGGGUUAUUAGGAGCCAUGGUUAUUUCGUUUAUCUGGGCUGUCUAUGCCAAACAAUAUACAUUAGGCGGUAUUUUAGCAGGACUUGCGAUUCAUUUUAAAAUCUAUCCAAUAAUCUACAUUCCAACUGUUAUCUGGACAUUGGGUCAAUCGACAAAUCCGUUUAAUUUCCGCACCUUUUACACUAAAGAGCGACUGGUGUUUGGAAUCAGCACAGUCUUGUCGUUCAGCAUUCUGACGGGAUUCUUUUAUUACGUAUACGGAUACCCAUUCCUGCAUCACUCGUACCUGCACCAUCUGUCACGAAUCGACCACCGCCAUAACUUCUCCCCAUACAGCACUCUUUUGUACAUGUCGUCGUUUCCUGGCGCAUCACAAUCGACACUCAACAGCAUCCCACAGCCCGAGGCAUGGGCAUUUGUGCCACAGCUGGCUAUUUCGGGGAUCCUGCUGCCACUGGCCUUUGCACGACGCGAUCUCAUUAAAACAAUGUUCGUCCAAACAUUUGCAUUUGUCACUUUCAACAAAGUGUGUACAUCACAGUACUUCAUGUGGUAUAUGGUUCUGCUGCCGUUCUACAUCCCAUCUCUGCUCAAAUCCGGCCGAUAUCUAACCAAGAUCACUGUCCUCCUGCUUUGGGUCGCAGCCCAAGCCUUGUGGAUCCGCCAAGGCUAUCUCCUCGAGUUCCUCGGCGAGUCCACCUUCUACCCGGGCCUGUUCGCUGCCACAAUGGUAUUCUUCGCUGUCAACGCGUGGGCCCUGGGCCUUUUCAUAGAUGACCUGUAA